AUGGACAGCCGCAGUUCAUCGCCAGACCUGGACCCCGUUGCGGGCAUCACCGAGGACAUGGUGUCGCUGCCCACCUACAAAACAGCGGGCGACGCAAGCAUCGACUUCGACGGACUGCUGCCACAGUCGAUCAAGCUCCACGAGGACGUGCGAACAGGCUGCGGAGGCCAGACGUGGCCUGCAGGCAUGGUGCUGGGGAAGCACAUGCUGCGCUAUCACAGAAGCAAACUAGAGACUGCGCGAAUACUGGAAUUGGGCGCCGGCGGAGGGCUGGUCGGAUUAGCUGUGGCGGCUGGCUGCGACCUCCAGGCGCCACUCAUCUUAACCGACCAGGAUGUGAUGCUGGAGCUGAUGAAGCAUAAUAUUCAGCUGAACAAGCUCGAUGGUAAGGCUACGGCCUCAAUAUUGGACUGGGGCGAGCCAUUAUCGGAUGCCGUCGUGGCGUGCAAACCGGACGUGAUAUUGGCGGCAGAGUGCGUCUACUUUGAGCCGGCCUUUCCGCUGCUGAUGCAGACGCUCAAGGACCUGUUUGAGCUCAACGAAAACGCCGUGGUGUAUUUUUGCUUCAAGAAGAGGAGACGAGCGGACAUGCAGUUUGUCAAGGCCGCCAAGAAGGCGUUUGUGGUCGAGGAGAUUUUCGACGAGGACAGGCCAGUGUUUCAGCGAGAGUCACUCUUCCUUUUUACUUUUAGAAAGCGGGCGACAGUUGAUGACACACGACAACCGAUGGCCGUUUUCCUCGUGAUUGGACCUGACUCCUCUUUUUUCUUCUUCUCUCUCAAUUCCGCAUUGCUGCAGGGCGCUGAGAAGACGAAACCUGCCGGUGGUUGCACCAACACGGUCCAGCAAAGCAACAGAGCCGGGAGGGAGCCUGCAUGCACUUCCACCAAACACUGUCAAGCGAGCCAGGAAUGGCAUAUUGCUGUGCAAAGCAAGGGUGCGGGGGAGAUUGAUGCCGUGGAACGGUUACAGCUGCUGAGCGAAAUUAACGAUUGGCGCAGGCUCGAUCUCGCCCAGGUUCAUCUUGCCAGCUCAGACAUGCUGGGGAUGGCGAGCCGAGCAGUGGGAAAGAGGCAAAGCGCUAGCAUACGCGAGACGUGGGCGUCGAGCUGA